UGGCAACAUUACAAGUCAACAUUACUAUGUGAUAGGCCAGAGCUGCUUAAGCUGUCUGCCCGUGUUUCGAAGUAUCUUUCACAUCACUCCUUUGCCUUUGCUGAAUCGAACCAAGUCGCUAAAUCAACUCCUCAAGCAAGUCUCGGAGCUCGUUCAGCACGAACUGUGAUCUCCUACAAUACAAAGGCUUCCCCCAAUGGCUGAAUCUACGAAACCUUUCAUCACAUGCCACGUGCUUGACACCAGUGCUGGGCGACCCGCGGCUGGCAUCGAAACCAAGCUCAGGCUUGUGUUCCCAGCAGAAGCGGCAACGGUAUCCUGGUCAGGCGUCACUGACAAAGACGGCCGUGUGACGGCCUGGACAGCUCCAGCUUCCAAAGAACUCAAUGACUUCGUCACGGACUUGAAGAAGAACUUGUUUGAGGACGAACAAAUGGUGUGGGCUCUCACCUUCGCCACUGAAGCAUAUUUUGGAAGAGGCAAGGCCUUCUGGCCAGAAGUGGAAUUGAAGUUUUCCGCAUCAAGGGACGAAGAUCACUACCAUGUUCCGCUGCUCUUGAGUCCGUGGAGCUUCACGACAUAUCGAGGAUCAUGAAUUUUCUGGGCUGAUGAGACAGGUAGCGAGCACACACAUCGGGGGUUUUCACAAAAUCGCCGCACUCUUUCAAUUAUUGCGACCAUAUUACUGGGCCACAAGAGCUUGCAGUGAAUGGCUUACUGUGAGCAUCUAUAGUAGGGCGCGCUGCUUGAUAUUUACGAACCUUCAAUGUAUUAAACGACGACCACAAUACUCAAUUCCAUGAAUAUUAUGUCUCAGUAUAGUCUACAUCAAUCAAGGUG